AAUACUCUUAUUUCUCGUGGAAAUGGUUCACGCAUCAGGUGGACAAGGCGGCUAGAGACACUGUACCAGAGAGCAGAGGAGCCGGAGAGAGAAGAAACCCUAAAAAUGGAGGCCUUUUAGCCAUUAGUAAACUAUCCUUAUCCUCUGCAAGACCAAUCAAAGCGCUGUUUUUCUUCUUCUAUAGACGUGUUUGCAAAUCCAUCGAACCCUAAUCCUAACCCUAACCCUAACCCUAAUUUGUUUCAGUUUUCAUAGCCCUAAUCUGUUUUUCCCUGUGUCUCCAGAAGGUGGAACCGUGAUUUUUUUAACCUCUAUGUGUUGUUCCUUGUUUCCUUCUUUCCUCUCCUGCUCUUGAAAUCGGGGUUUCAUGGAUCCACCUCGGCCUUCACCUGGAGGUAUGGUUAUUGUUCCCUGAAGACCCUAAUCUGAUUUGUAAGUUUGUUCCUCUGCUUUCUCUCUCUGUUAUACCUGCUCGAGAUUAGAGUUUAAUGGAUCCAAUGGCUGAAGAACAAUUAGACUACGAGGAUGAGGACUAUGGAGCGAACCAGAAGAUGCCGUUUCAAACAGGAGGAGCCAUUUCUGCUUUGGCAGAUGAGGAACUCAUGGGAGAAGACGAUGAAUACGAUGAUCUCUAUAAUGAUGUUAAUGUUGGCGAUGGUUUCAUGCAAUCUCUACAGCAUCAAGAGCCAGUCCAGUAUGAAUCAAUGGGCAAUGGCGUCCAAGCUCCAAAAGAAGAACCCAUUUCCACACCACCAGUGAAUAUACCUGGUGUUGGCCAUGAAGAGAAGGGGGAAAAGGACGCUAAGCUCUCUGGUUUCUCAGAUCUGGACCAGAAGAAGGCUUUUCAGGAGCAGGCCUCAAAUCAACUGGCUGGGGCUUCGAGUGGUCUGAAGAUCAGGGUUUCAGAACCAGUUUCGGAGCCUCAACCACAGGCUUCGGGGUUUCGAAAUGCGCCUGCACCUCCUGCCAAGGGGUCUGGAUUCAAUACAGCUGGUGCUAUGGAUGCCAAUAAACAAUUAGCGCAAACUUCCUCCAAUGCUGUGCCCAGAGUUGGGCCUGGCCCUGGUCCUGGGAUUGGGGCAGGGCCUAAUGCCAACAUGAACAGAAUGAUGGGCCCAGGUCCAAACCAAGCAGGGGCAGUUAUCGAUACCUCGGCAAGGUUCGGUUCCGAAAAUUCGAACAGGUUGAGCCAUGGAGGAGGGGAAAGUGGCAAUACGAUGCUCUUUGUCGGUGAGCUCCAAUGGUGGACCACUGAUGCAGAGCUUGAGAGUGUGCUUUCUCAGUAUGGUCGGGUAAAAGACCUCAAAUUCUUUGAUGAAAGGGCAAGUGGCAAAUCGAAAGGCUAUUGCCAAGUCGAAUUCUAUGAUCCAGCUGCUGCAGCUGCUUGCAAAGAGAGCAUGAAUGGUCAUGUAUUCAAUGGUAGAGCCUGUGUUGUGGCCUUUGCUUCUCAACAUACUCUAAAGCAGUUGACUACAAACUAUUUGAACAAAACCCAGGCGCAAGCCCAAGCCCAAUCCCAAGGUAGGAGGCCCAUGAAUGAUGGGGGUGGUCGAGCCGGUGGGCCUUCUUAUCAGGGUGGCGAUAGGAACUAUGGGAACAAGAUGGGUUGGGGUCGAGGAAACCAAGGAGUACCAAACCGGGGCCAAGGGCCCGCUGGGCUCAGGGGAAGGCCUGGCGGACUUACUGGUAAAGCAAUGGUUGGAGGACCAAGUGGGGCAAAUCCAUACGGUCAAGCUCUUUCAGCCCCACCUCUUGGGGGGCCACCUGGUGGGCUUCUACACCCACAAGGAAUGAUGGGUUCAGGUUUUGACCCCACAUAUGGUGCCCACUUGGGUAGAGGAAGUGGCUAUGGUGGUUUUUCAGGCCCCCAUUUUCCAGGCAUGUUGCCAUCCUUCUCGCCUAUGGGCACCGUGGGGUUACCUGGAGUUGCCCCCCAUGUCAACCCUGCAUUUUUUGGACGCGGUGUCUCAGCAAAUGGGAUGGGUAUGAUGGGAAGCGGGGCCAUGGAUGGGCAUCAUGGGGGCAUGUGGGGUGAUUCAAGCAUGGGUGGUGGGGUUGGUUGGGGGAACGAGGAGCAUGGACGUAGAACUCGAGAAUCAAGUUAUGGGGACGAUGGGGCAUCAGACUAUGGGUAUGGUGAUGGUGGUCAUGAGAGAGGAGGGGGAAGGUCGAAUCCAGGGAGAGAGAAGGAUAGGGGGUCAGAGCGUGAUUGGUCCAGUGGUCCUGAGAGGAGGCAUAGGGAUGAUAGGGAUUCAGAUUGGGAUAGGGAUCCGCGUUACAAGGAUGAAAAGGAUGGGUAUUCAGACCAUAGGCAGAGGGAGAGAGACUGGGAUAAUGAAGAUGAUUGGGACAGGGGGAGGACAUCGUCGAGGUCUAGGAGCAAGUCGCGUAUGAUGCAGGAGGAGGAUCAGAGGUCACGGUCAAAGGAUGUGGAUUAUGGGAAGAGGCGGCGGGUCCCAUCAGAGUGAUAUUAUGAAUUCGGUGUUUUGAUUUCGAGCAAGUGUUUUGACAUAGAACGAUGGUGCCAUCAUAAUUUGAUCAGGAUUUAUGGUGUUGGAUUUGGCAGGAUUAGAUGGCUGGACAAUCUUUGGAGUGUCGUGCUGACUGAUUAUCAAUCAGUCGUAUAGCAUGGCCUUGCUGUCGCUGCCAUAAGAACCAUUUCUCUUGUUGGUAUCCUUUUAGGGUGCAGACAUGAGUUUGGCUUCAUGACACCGAAGAUGCAAGCUUUGUGCAUGCUUGCCCUGCUAGCAUUGGUUGGAGUGGGGGCUUUCAUCAAGCAGGUUGCUUUGUUCUAGCCAGAUGCUAUAGCUUCCCUUUCCAUAUCUUCCAACAUAAGGAAAGAUCGUAUCAUUUCAGAAUUUGGGUUAUUUGAAAAUGGCCAAUUGAAGCAGUUUCCCGUCUGCAUUGCAUGGAAGAUUUGUAUCUUCAAUGUUACUUGGGUUAAGAUGUUGAUGUGGUAUUGUUGGGUUAUUGAGCUGUGUAACUAGGGCCUUAGUUUUUGGCUUAUGAUUCUAGUUGCUGUAACAAAUUGUUCUAACUGGCCGGUGUAUUCAUGAAAAGCUGUAUGGGCAGGUCUCAGUUUAUCUAGGUUGAUUUUUUCUGGAGCCAUUCCAGUAUGAGUUGUGUAACAAGGUUAUAAUCUUCUGUUCUUUAAGAGAAUAGUUUUGUAACCUUCUAUUGUAUGAGAUACUGUUCCACGUGGAGACAUUCCUGCAAGCAAUGUUUGAAGAAUUAGGUUUUAAAGUUGUAGUAAUCUACAGUGGGAAACUAGGGUUCAAGUUGUAAUAUUUAGGGUCAUGAGUUGAGUCUUGUAACCAUGUGCAAAAAUGUAUACUAAUGUAUGCAAUAUUCUGACAUUUAUCAUGGAGAUGGAAGGGGAUCUUGUUAUGUAAAUUAUUUUUGUUUGUUUACAUCCUGGAUUGGGAUUUUGAGUUACAUCACAUGCACUUCCAUGCUGAUGUAUCCAGUAUUCUGAUAUGUAUAUAGGAGAAGUGAAUCUUUUAAUGUAAAAAGUCCUUGUUAUGAAGAUCCUAGAUUGGGGAUUUUAGUUUUGGCCAUGUGUAGUUGUAUCCUGAUAAAUGGACCAUUCUGACAUGUAUCAAGGAGAUGGAGGGGACCUCUUUUAUGUGGUAUCAUUUUUGUUUGUUUGCAUCCUUGAUUGGGGUUUUGGAGUGUAAGCCACAUGCAAUUGCAUGCUUGAUGUAUCCGGUAUUCUGACAUUUAUUAAGAGGAAGGGAUCUAUUCAAACAAAAGUCUUUGUUGUGUACAUUCAAGAUUUGGGAUUUGAGACUUAAACCAUAUGCAGUUGUAUGCUAAUGUAUGCAGUAUUCAGACAUGUAUAAAGGGGAUGGGAGGUGAUCUCUUUAUGUAAAUCAUUUUUGUUUGUUUAUAUCAUGGAUUGGGCUUUUUGAGUUGAACCACAUGCAAUUGCAUGCUGAUGUAUCGGGUAUUCUGAAUGUAUCAAAGGGAAGGGAAUCUGUUCAUGUGAAAGUCUUUGUGAUGUGCAUCCUAGAUUGGGGUUAGAGUCUCAACCAUAAGCGGUUGUUUGUUAAUGAUAUGUUGUAUCCUAACAUGUAUUAAGGAGUAGAGGGAUGAGAUUUCUCCAUGUAUCCAUCUUUGUUAUAUUGAUCCCAGAUUAGGGUUGUGUUGUAAUCGUCAAUUGUACAACAUAUAUGUGGUAUUCUGACAUGUAUCAUGGAAAGCAAAAUCUCCAUGUAAUCAUUUUUGUUAUGUGGAUCCUACAUUUAAAUUAGGGUUGAACUUGUAAUCAUCAGCAACUGUAUGCUGGAUGCAUCUAGUGUGAGGAUAUUUAUCAAGAUGGGAAGAUAUUUAUUAAUGCAAUCAUCCAUGUUAUCCUGAUGCUUUGAGCGCUGAAUAGCCUUGUGAUUGGGGUUCAGUGUUGAUCAUUGGUUUCCUGAGUUUGAUGUAACGGGCGUCUGAUUCUUUUUAUUGGGUUUGAGUCUGCUGGUUUUACCAUGUAUCCUCUACAAUGUUGUCAAGAAAUUCCAGUGUGUUCUUCGGUCAUUUGAGCCUGGAUUUGUUUUUGGAUUUGAGUAUUGAAUGACGCAUAUGAUUGUACGAAGCUAAUGUAAGCGAUGCUGCACACAAGCUGCUGUCAUUUGUUAAUUGAAGUGAUGAGGGGCAGUGUAUUGGUUUCUCCUUAGAUUUCUUGUGUAGAGCCAUUUGAGUAUGUAAUUACUUUACAAGUGUGUACUUCGGUCAUUUGUGCCUGGAUUUGUUUUUGGACUAGUUUUGAAUUAUGCAUUUGAUUGUAUGAAGCUAAUGUAAGCGAUGUUUCACGCAAGCUGCUGUCUUUUGUUAAUUGAAGUGCUGAGGGGGGGCAGUGUAUUGGUUUUUCCUUA